AAAGCAUCAUGGCAGCGCUCGCACGCAGAGAGUUUAUUAUCCGCCUGUCGGGGACGGGAAAGAGCAGUUUCCUGCAGCAUGGUGCUGUCGGUCUCAGAUGGAGUCAUCAGAGGUUAUUUUCAAAAGGUUUUCCUGGACUACAGGCCUGUAUACGACCCCUUCCUCUUCUUUUAGCUACAGGUGGGGGUUAUGUAGGAUAUGAUCAAUAUGGGCGAUACAAAGAUCGGCAGCUGGAGAAGCUUGGCAUUGAAGUGCCACCACGGAUUGCCAGUGAAAUUCAGGUUACAAUCUACAAGUCCAUACCCACAAGACUUCUCUCCAGAGCCUGGGGUCGCUUGAACCAGGUGGACCUGCCAACUUGGUUACGGAAACCUAUCUUCAGAUUGUAUAUAUGGACGUUUGGAGUCAACAUGAAGGAAGCGGCCAUAGAGGAUCUACAGCACUACAGAAACCUGGGCGAGUUUUUUAGGCGAAAACUCAAACCUCAGGUCCGGCCAGUGUGUGACUCGCACUGCGUGAUCAGUCCAGCUGAUGGCAAGAUCCUUCAUUUUGGCCGUGUGAAGAACUGUGAGGUCGAGCAGGUGAAGGGAGUGACCUACUCACUGGAGACGUUCCUCGGGCCACGCAACUGGACCGAGAAUUUAUCUGCUAACAGAAAUGAGGAUGAUCCUGGCACGUACCAGGAUGCCCUGGUCACUAAAGAGGGGAAUGAGUUGUUUCACUGCGUAGUUUAUCUGGCUCCAGGUGACUACCACUGCUUCCACUCGCCUACAGACUGGAGGGUGGCACACAGACGCCACUUCCCAGGUUCUCUGAUGUCAGUGAACCCAGGAGUUGCGCGUUGGAUCAAGGAACUUUUCUGCCAUAAUGAGCGGGUGGUCUUGAGUGGGGAGUGGACGCACGGUUUCUUUUCACUCACGGCUGUAGGAGCAACAAAUGUGUAUUAUUGA